CAAAUGGCAUUUCCAUUGCUUAUUGGUGGUUAACCGUGUGAAUCAUGGGUGGCUUUGUUGUUACGCUUGAGUGGACUUGCACACUCCUUGUAAUUACGAACAGGCUUUGAAAUCGGAUUCGGUCAUUGAUCAAAUAAUAAAACGACGUAGUUUUGAACACCGGAACCCCAACCCCUCCCGAUCCUGAAUCGUCUAUUCGUGUAAUAGCAAGGAUGACCGAAGAAGGAGAAGGGAAGAGCAGAGGCAUCGCGACGGCAUCCGGCGAGCUGCCCCCGCCUCCUCCGCCAAAUUAUUACGGAACCUUCCAAGGCGUGGCAAACUAUCAACCUCAAUCUACUGUCUCUCCUCCUCCACCGUCUCACCAUGUCAUCGGUUUCCCUCAGCCCAUACCUCCUGCUGGCCUCUCCGGCGCUCCGCCUCAUUACUAUCCUCACGGAUAUCAAACUGUUCCUGGUUAUGCUGUUGCUGAAGGUCGACCCUUAAGAGAGCAUCGGCUUCCUUGUUGUGGUAUGGGGAUUGGAUGGUUCUUGUUUAUAAUUGGUUUUGUACUCGGUGCUAUUCCCUGGUACAUUGGAGCUUUUAUACUGUUAUGUGUUCGGGUGGAUUACAGAGAAAAAGCUGGACUUUUUGCAUGCACUCUGGCUGCAACUCUUGCUGUUAUUGCUGUUACUCUUGGUGUGACUAAAGCAACCCAAGCCUGGUGAAGUUUUUCAAAGUUGCAGCAGCAGUUAUUGUACAUGUCAUAGCAAGAUCCACCAAAAAGCUAUCUAAAAGUAAAAAAAAAAGGUCUAGUGGUUGUAAUGUUAUCUUCUGCGUGGAGUUUGACUCGUCUGUAAUUUUAAUUAUGAUAACUUGGUUUUUUAACUUCUUUGAUACAAGUUCUGCAAUAUUCAAUUCACGUUAGGAAUC